AUGGAGGAGAGCCCCCCCCUGCGCAAGGUGCUGUACAAACAAAACUUCAAAGCUGCCUCAAACAGCUCCCAGCAGCACACGGACCCUAUUCUAUUCUCCCGCAUUUGGUAUUCUGCUGGCUUUUACUGCGAGUUGAAGACAGAAAGUGUUAAGAAUUAUAAUGUCAGGCCCGUGGCAGAAAAUGCACCAGAGCACACGGUAGUUACCACCAUCACCAUCACCGCUUCUCCUCCCGGUUCAUUCGUUGGAGAGCCAGUUAUUGCGAAUGCCAACCCAGUCGUGCAUCCAUUUAUCAUCACCCCCAAAGCUACAAAUCAAUGGGAACUAACGACGACAACGCUGCCCAAGCUGGAUUUUGAAACCGUGGCACUUUACUCGCUUGUGAUACUGGUGAAAGACACGGUGGGGAGAUCAGCUUCUCAGACAAUCUUCGUGCAGAUUUCCAAUGUCAACGAAGCCCCCUUCUUCACCGGAGCACUAGCUCAGCCCGGCCGAGUGAUGGAAGUGUGGGUUGCAGAGGACACCUUAGCGCAUACCGUCAUUUAUACAGCCAGAGCCAAGGAUCCAGAAGAAGAGGCCUUGAAGUACUCCGUGGAGGUCUUGCCAGAGAGCAGUGCAUUUGCUAUUGAUGAGACCGGGGCAAUUUCCACAACAGCCUCUUUCCAUCUGGAAGGAAAUGAGAAAAGUUUUUACAGCAUAAGGAAUGGUGCCCUGACUCCCAAGACAGAAAACUCCACCAUAGGAGAGAUGGUGAACAUCACACUCGAUGAGGAAAUCCCUCUUGGAAAGGCCAUUGGCAUUUGCCAAGCUAUGGACGAAGAUUUAAUGAACGACCUCGCUUUCUACCUUGAUCCAGGAAAUGCUUACUUUGCUGUGGAUAGAAACCGUGGAACUCUGAUGGUUGUGUCUAGGCUGGAUAUGGAGGAAGAUGGAUUUAUGAAUGUCCAGUCCUUUACUGUCAAGGCUUGUGACAAAGAUCUGAGAUGUGCUGCCAUUUCUGUCAGUGCAAACAUCCUUGGGGUCAAUGAUAAUCCACCAUACUGUGACCAGUACAUGUACAGAUAUACAGACAUGGAGGUUAUUGAAAAUAAUUCAGUGGUUGCUGAGCUGACGUGUCAUGAUCAAGACAGGCCCCCUGAUGUACUUCAUUACACACCUAACAGCGGUCCCAUUGGCACUGGAAAACUCUUUGAACAAGUCCCAGGGGCUGAGAAUACAAUUUGGGUCACCAAGGAGCUGGAUUAUGAAGACCCAGGUAACAUUGCAGUUGGCAAUACUCAUGAAAUGACAGUAGCCGUGUAUGACGACACAAAUCCCUCGCAUACAGUGACGGCAACGAUAAUAGUGAAAAUCACUCCUACCAAUGACUUCAGCCCAGUGUUUAGACCUCCAAGCUAUUCAUUUACAGUUCCAGAAACGUCAGGCGCCCACUACAUGGUUGGAAAAGUGACUGCCAUAGACAACGACUACCCACCAAACUGCAUCGCUUACAGAAUAGUCCGUGGGAACCCACCACCUGUUCAGAUAUUUUGGGUGGACCCAGCAUCCGGAACAAUAGAGCUGAUAACCCAGCCAGACUACGAAUCCAUCCGACAAUACAAACUUGCUGUCCAAGCUGUUGAUUGCGAUCCCGCUCAUCCACGCACAGCUGUCACCAUGGUUACAAUUGACAUUGAAGACGAGAACGACGAACCGCCAGUCUGCAGCCCCCGGGUGCAUCAGGCAGUCAUAUUUGAUAAUGUUACCGUUGGGACAAACAUCGAUAGGUUUAUGCUUGUUUGCCAUGACAGAGACUCCAGUGAUUUGGCCAUGCGGUUUGAGAUUGUCUCCGGCAAUAGAAACAAUCACUUCGGUUUUGACCCAGCCCGAGGGUCCAGCACGCCCGAGCUAAUUGUGAAAACACCUUUUCAUUUGGAAGCCGGGGCCAAGUCCCGGCAGCGCUACCACCUCGUGGUGAACAUCAUUGAUGACAACCUGUACAACAUUACCGGGACCAAGGCCAGGACGGGGACUGUCUUAAUAGAUGUCCAUGUUCUUAGAGCCAACCCUACCCCUGCUCCGCACAAAAAAGGACUGACCAUUAUGUACACUGCUGUCAACACCUACGAUCCUACGGACUGGUACGUUCCCUUCAUCUUCACCCUGAUGGCCAUUCUCGCCGUGGGCUUGGUGGCUUGGGGGUGCCAUCUGGUUUGGACGCGCACAAGCUUCAAGGAAACCUGCUUCACCGCGCUGAGCAAGACCGCCAAAGCAGAGAAGGGAGUGGAGACAUUUACACCAGGAGCCAAAAAGAAACCAGUAGAAGUGGUAAUGGAAAUGGCUAAAUACAAGACCAAGUUUGAUGGAGAAGCCAGGGAUCCAGUCACAGGGAACCUGUAUCUGUACAACAGCAAAUCAGGAGCAAGGAAGUGGAAGAAGGAAGAUGCCAAGGUGGAGAAGAUGCAGUUGACCAACAUCUACUCAGUGUCUCAGAAGCUCCCUGCUGCAAACCUUGCACCACUAACAAGGAGUCUCACUAACAGGGAAUUGAAGGCUGGUUUGCAAUCAUAG